GUGACGACAUCGCCGCAUAUAUAAAAGCGGCGAUGGGCGGGUCAUAGGUCACCACAAUGGCCGCUACCGGCAGUGGGAAGAAGGCUGAGCAGGAGCAGCAGCAGGAGGAGAAGGAGGAGGAGGAGAAGGAGGAGGAGAAGAAGGAGGAGGAGAAGGGCACAGCCGGCGAGGAGACGGAGCGCGGCGAGGUCCAGCUGCGAGCGCAGCUCGCCCGCCUGCAGGCCGACAAUGAUCAGCUGCGGAGGCAGGUGCAGCUACUGCAGCAGAGCAGCGAUCUGUUGAUCCCAGAUCCGGUGAAGGAUGGCCCUUUCCUGCACGUCCUCUACAUGGACGGCACGCGCAGCACGUACUGCCAAGCUGAGCUGGAGGGGAUCCUUCUGCAACUGAUGCAACAGAGUGGAGGGGAGCGGGAUCCCAUUCCAUCGCAGCCCUCCAGCGUGGUCCUGGGGAAUCGGACCAAGGGGAAAGAUACAGGCGCCUGCAUCAAGGUGGUGAGCAACGUGCGGUAUUAUCGCUCGUUCUGCUUGGACAGCAUCGGCCGCCCCCUUCUGCGCGGAAAUCCCGCGAUCACGGAAGGCUGGAACAUCCCGCAGUAUCAGACGAUUUUCAAGCAAAUCUUAUCCAACGAAAUCAGCGAGGGGCAGGCAAAGCCCCAGAGGCCCAAGGGGAUUUGCUUUAACUGCGGCUCCGAGGAUCACAUCGUGCGCACCUGCCCUCAGAAGCGAGAUUUGGCAGGGAUAAACCUGCGGCGCCGUCAGUUCGAAUCGUUCAGCAAUUCUCCGAAGUCGAGGAAUCCCCAGCGAUAUCACAACGAGCAGGAGGAGCGUUUCGCGCACUUCAAACCCGGCGUCAUCAGUGAGGGUCUCCGUCUGGCCCUGGCGGUGGCGCCUGGGCAGCUGCCACCGUACAUCUACCGCAUGCGCCAACUGGACUACCCACCGGGCUGGCUGCGUGAGAGCUGCCAGGAGGGCUCGGGCAUCACCAUCCACGGGGACCUGAGCGACGGAGAAAUCGAUGAAUUGGAGGAAGCGGAAAUUGAGAAACAGAAGCGGAAAGCCUUCAACCCCACCAAGCUGAUCUCCUACCCAGGCUUCAACGUGCCCCUGCCUCCAAACACGCUGGACGACUGGCGCACGUUCAAUUCGUGCCCCAUGCAGCCGCAGCAGUUGAAGGAGGCGAUGAUUCUGCGAUUGAAGGAGGCGAGCAAGAAGGUGAAGCGGACAGCGCCAGCGGAACAGGGCGCCCACACCACGAAGAAACGGCGCUCGCGCGCCAGCGACGGCGUCACCUUCGACAACAGCGACAUGGAGACGGACUCCGAGCCGACGUCCCGCGAGGCGCCGGCGUGGCCCCCGCUGCCGGCCUCUCCCGGGUUCCGUGCCCCUCUCCCGCCGUCGACGCCCACUGUGCCGCGCAGCAGCACGGGCGGCCCCGGCGGUUCUCCCACGGCCCCGCCGCUGCCCCCCGACGUGACGCCUCCCCCGCUGCCCAAGGACACGCCGCCCCCCUCGCCGGCCACGCCCGGCGUGCGCUCUCGCGUCGAGGCCGGCGCCCCGGAGGAGGAGGAGGAGGAGGAGAAGGAGGAGGAGGAGGCGCUGUCUCUGGAGGACCUGGAGGAGCAGCAGCGCCUCAUACAGGCGGCGCUGGAGCAGUCGGAGGGGGCCGCCGAGGGCGCGAACGACGCGGGCGACGUGAAGCCCGGCGGCGUCCAUCCCGCCGCUCCCAGCCGGCCCUGGCGUGCGCCGGCGGGCGUACGGAGAAGUCCGCGGGUCAAGGUGGAGCGGGAGGGCGGUCCGAGCGUCCCUUGCGAACGUCGGGAAGCUCCGCGCGGACGCUCGCCUUCGGCCGCCGACGCCGAGCCGUCGGCCGAGCCGUCGCCGGAGUCGCCGGGGGAGCCGUCGGAGGAGCCGUCGCCGGGAAGCCCCGCGGUGGCGGGAGGCGAGGGCGGCGGCGGCCUGCCGGGCUCCGUCGGAAACCCGCCGAAAGCUCCCGCGCUCGACGAGGAGAUGGCGAUGGUGUUCGACGUCGCCGACGACGACGACGAGGCGGAGGAAAAGGCUGAAGCCGCGGGUAGCGACGACGAGGCGGAGGCGGUGCCGUGGCGCGUGAAGAACGCGCAGCGCGGCGUGCCGGACAGCUCGAAGUUUGCGGCGGGCAUCACGGACUUCAGUCACCACCUGGAGGAGUCUGGACAGCCCACGGGGCUGUACGCCCGCCUCAGGAGCGUGCUGCAACGCGCGCCUCGCAAGGCGGCCAAGAAGCCGUGAGGCCGCAUGCGUGCGGGGGGGGAGUGUGGGGAG